AUCUCGUAAACUCAUCAUCGAUGCCAGUCAAGUUCAAGUGUUCGACUUUAGUCAGCGAUGCACCGCGCGUGCAAACACUGCGGUCACUCGCUGUCCACCGUUCAUAAGAAUCGCAUAUUCGCAUCUUAUUUAUCAUCUUAUCUACAUCACCGAUACAAAUUCAAAACAAACGCAAAUCAAAUAAGUGAGAAACCACGUUUGUUAUAACCAAUAAAUAACAUUUAGGUGCAAAUCAGCAAAUUUCUUCCAAGAAAAUGGCGUUAAUUCGUAAAUAAAUAAAAUAAGUGAAAGUAUAGACAAAUGUGGUUGGUGGUGUUAGUGGGGUUGUUCAUCCCCUCAGCGCAGUCGCUUUUUGGAGUUCAUCUUGGUUCAGGAGAUAAUUUGUAUGCGUCACCAUGUCCGGAAAUAUUUCAUUACUUCCUGCAAGAUGGCGUCUUGCAGUACGGCAUUGUGAAGGUAGAUUGUCCCGAUGACACCACCAUUCAGUUACAUGUUGAGUUAUCCGUUGGUAAUCAAGUUCAAGGUUACAAUGGGGAUUUGGUACUUGCUGCUUCACGGGAGGAAACUAUACAAAAUAUUAUCCAUCGUAAGCCGAUCAUGUAUAGAUUAAACUUUCCUCGAUGGUACAACUAUCCUCCAAAGGUCACGAAGAUCAUGCUUAAUGGUAUGCUAAUUUGUCAAGGACCACCUAUUGACAUUAAAGCUGUGAGAAUUUUGACAACAAUAAAUCUACAUCAUACGUUGAAACUGAACAUUGCUCCUGAUUGGAGGAUAUUCAAUCCACCUCCAGCAGCAGAGUCAACAAAUCUACCAAUGAAUCCAACUAUUGAUUUUAGACCUUCAAGCCCACCAAUUGUUACUAGGUCCACUACAGAAUUCACACUGAUAACACCGGAACAACAACCACAACCAACACAACAACUGCCAUGGCUGCCCGAUCGCGGUGGGUUUGGUGUUAACGAUGACCAGUGUGGAAUUACAUCAGUCACUAACACGUUGAUCGCUCACGGACGUGACGUUCUACGCGGAGAGUAUCCUUGGUUAGUCGCAAUUUUCCAAGUGAAGAAUCUGGGACCUGAGUUCGUGUGUGGUGCUAAUCUUAUUUCUCAUAGACAUGUUAUUACUGCUGGGCAUUGCAUGAAGCAUGGUGAGAAAGUACUAGCUCCCGAUCAGAUAUUUAUGCGUAUUGGAGAACAUAAUAUUCAUAAAUGGACGCAAACCACCGGAUCCAAAUGGGUGGGUGCCGAGCGUAUACUGGUUCACUCCGACUACAAGUCUACGUCGGCCGACGGCGAUCUAGCAUUGCUUGUUCUCACCGACCACGUUGAGUACUCCACAAUUAUUCGCCCUAUCUGUUUGUGGCGUGGUGAUGCUUCACUAGAUCGAGUUGUAGGCCGUGCCGGGACUGUGGUAGGCUGGGGCAGGAACGAGAACGAUAACCAAAUCGCACCAGAACCCAAGCAGAUUCAAUUCCCUGUCGUUUCGCAAGAGGAAUGCCUUCGGUCACAUUUUACUUUCAGGGAGAUCACUUCCGACCGCACAUUUUGCGCAGGUUAUAAGAACGGUUCAGGACCAUGCAACGGUGACAGUGGCGGUGGUUUCAUCAUGCAGAAUAAUGGCCGUUGGUAUCUGCGUGGGCUUGUAUCAAUGAGUAUUGCUAAUGGUCCGACGUGCGACUUCUCGCAGUAUUUUGUUUUUACCGACGUUACCAAAUUUCAAGAGUGGAUCCAUACUAAUCUGUGACAGUUCCGACGAAGGACAACAAAUAUUUGCGCAUUCCAGAGUGACGUCAUUUUCGUCGGGCAGAAUUUUACGUACAUAUUUAACCAAUUGAACAAUGAAUGCUGUGCCUUCUUUUUAAUUUAUGCAUGUGACAAUAUAGAAAAGGUUUCUUCAAAGCUUUCGUGAAAGUAAAUACAAAAAACACUGAACAUUUUGCUGGUCGCUGGUGCACGGAGGAAAAUUCCAAGUUUAUGACGUGUAAACCGCCGAAAAAAAAAUUAAUGUUUUCAACCAUGGGUUUUUAUAAUGUACCUAUUAAUAUUUUCCUGGAAAUUGCUAUCAUGACGCCACGUGCGAAUAGUUUACAUUCCAAGAUAAGUAGACAAACAGGGUGUUUAUAAAUAUUAUCUACAUAUUUUUAUAAUUAUUAUCUAUACACGUGUAAAAUUAUUGAAAUCGCAAUAAAUUAUGGAUAUAUA